UCUCAGCUCACAAGCUCCAACACUAUCCUCUCGUGUCUCGUCGAGCUAUCUGUCUACGGAGUAGUACCUCCCAAGCUAGCUCGCCGCUCCGCCGCGAUGGCCACCGUACUGAGCAGCCUCCGCUUGCCCUUCUCCAUCUGCCCCGCCGCCCCUGCGGCGCCCAUGGCGGCAUCCCGCGUCGCGCUCCCGCUGUCGUCGACGGCCGCCAGGGGCAUGAGGCUCCGCGCGCAGGCGACGUACAAGGUGAAGCUGAUCACGCCGGAGGGCGAGGUGGACCUCGAGGUCCCCGACGACGUCUACAUCCUCGACCACGCCGAGGAGGAAGGGAUCGACCUGCCCUACUCCUGCCGCGCCGGCUCCUGCUCCUCCUGCGCCGGGAAGGUGGUCUCCGGCCAGCUGGACCAGUCCGACCAGAGCUUCCUCGACGACGACCAGAUCGAGGCGGGGUGGGUGCUCACCUGCGCCGCGUACCCCACCUCGGACCUCGUCAUCGAGACCCACAAGGAGGAGGAGCUCACCGCUUGAAUUCACUGAUUUUGUUUAGUUCGACCCGUUUCCACCGUGCGCGUGUACCAUGCACGACGUACCAACUGUACCAGGAUAUUGAGGAAUUACAAAGUAUAAUUAGUACUUGCUGCUGUGGUCGGAUUUUGAUUGCUUUUGCUUAUUAAUGCCUAGUGUUCAUUUUCUCAAGUCAAUCAAGUAAUGAAAAGAGAUGAGAUUGUGCUCCA